GUGAUAUUACGCUUUUUUAUAUUGUGAUUUUUUUUUUUAAACAUUAAAUUAUUUAGAACAAUGCCAGCAUCAAAUUCUAUCAGCGUAGCUGUAAUAUGUUCUAGCAAUAUGAAUAGAAGUAUGGAAGCUCAUGCCUUCUUAAGUAAAAAAGGCUUCAAUGUAAAAUCUUUUGGAACUGGUGAUAAAGUCAAGCUUCCUGGAAAUGCACCUGAUCGUCCUAACAUAUAUGAUUUUGGAACUUCUUAUGAUGAAAUCUAUAAUGAUCUUUUAUCAAAAGACAAGCAAUACUACACACAAAAUGGGUUAUUGCACAUGUUAGAUAGAAAUCGUAGAAUAAAACCUAAACCAGAACGAUUUCAAUUAUCCAAAGAUAAAUUUGAUAUUUUAAUUACUUGUGAAGAACGUGUAUAUGAUCAAGUAAUUGAAUGUAUGGAAUCUAGAACUCAAGAAGAUAGUCAACCUGUACAUUUGAUUAACAUUGACAUUCAGGAUAAUCAUGAAGAAGCUACAGUGGGAUCAUUCCUUAUUUGUGAAUUAGUCACUGUGCUGGCAAAUAGUGAGGAUUUAGAUAAUGACAUAGAUGAACUACUUCAUGAAUUUGAAUCAAAAUUUGCAAGAACAAUUUUACAUACAGUACUUUUUUAUUGAAAAGCCUGUUAUAUAACAAGAACUUGGUGUUCACAACUUAACUUAUAAAAGCAGAUUAAAUUAUAAACUAUAAAUGUACUACCACAUUCUCUGAAUCAGAUAAUGUGGAGCGAGUUCCGUUUUAGCAACAAGUAGGAAUUCGAUCCGCGCUUCCUAUUUAACAAAUUAUUGCUUUUCACGGAAAUCGUUUUAGAGAUCUACCAUUACAUUUAUAUUAUAUCUGUACUCCAUGGCAAGAUAUACAAAAGUGAGAUUAUUGAAAUUAUUCAAUAAUCCAAGAUGCUGGUAUCAGAGGAAUUAGGAGAGAUUAAAGAAUAAAGAAUAUAAAUUAUGAAAUAUUUUAAUUUUAUAAUAUAUAUGUAUAUAAGUAUAAUAGUAAACUAUUCUUAUAUACGUAUAUAUUUUACUGUUAGAAUGUAUUUGUGGUAUGUAGAACUAAUAUGAGUCUCUGAUGUGCUUAUGAAUACAGAGACUUGUAUAUUACAAAAUAUGAUCCGCUGUUAUAUAGCGAAAAGGCCUUCAAUUCUCACAAUAUAAUAUAAAUAUUCAUAAAAUCAAUGUUGAUCAAGAUGAGCGUAUAAUCUUCUUGUUUUCUCGCGUUUUUUUUUAUUCGAAUGUUUGUUAAUCUUUUUCCAUGGUUUUUCUUCAAGCAACAAACUCUGUGUAGAACCAGUUAUUGAUCCUAUAUCACUGAAAAAAAUUACAAUAAUUAUUAAAAUAUUCAAAAUAACGCUCCAUUACUUAUUAUUAUACAUGAAUUAUUGUCAAUAAUUAUACAAGAAUGACUUUAUCAAAUAAUAAAUAUAAAAUAAUGUUA